AUGUCUCAUUCAGUUUACCAAACUUCAGGUAAGCCAUUGUCCAAAGAGGCAUUGUACCAUCAAAGAUUGAAGCAAGGUAUUUUCCAGUCUCCUAGUGGAACGAUUGUUGGUGUCAAUAGCAAUGCUUCAGAUACUGCCGCCUUGUUAGCCGCCUCGUCAGACUUGUCUGUCAAACCAUCAUAUGAACGUACUGUUGCACCUGAAGCACAAACCGCAGCUUUGGUUGCCAAGCCUCGUGAAGUCAACAUAUGGAAGAGAAACAAGGAAGAUACCGAUGCCGCUGAUGCCGCUUUAUCAAGUCACUCCAAGACUGAUUCCUUGACCAGUCAAUCAAGUCAGCAACCACAUACAGUUGUCAAAGUUGGCAUUCCGUCAGCUUUGAACAAGUCUUCUAUUUACAAAGUUGCUCAGGAAAAAUCAACUAGUACAAUGACUUCAAGAAUUGAUCCAAUUAGAGAUGUUUCAAGAUCAGGUAUUCAAUCCAAAUAUGGUACACAAUCUUUGAAUAUCAGCAAAAUUAAUCAAGUGGCAACGAAAAAGUCUAGUAGCACUUUGAAUUCCAGAUUCAAUCCCGAAUUGGAUUAUAGAUCUGGUUUGAAGAAGGACAAACCAGCAGAGUUUUUGAACCAAGAAGAAGAGGAUUUGGCAGCAUCUGGUGCAAAUGCUUCCUUGUACAAGACUCCUUCAGUCCCUGAUUAUGCUUCACAAACUAGAUCCACUACUUUCAAAGCUCAAGAUGUUGUUAAUUCCACCUUGUUGGCUGCUGCUGCUGCUAAAGCCAAUGAUCGUUUAAGUACAUUGAAUGCUAAUACUCCGCAAUCAUUAAAGGCUCAAGCUCAAUUGUAUGCUAAUGCAUUGGCAGUUGCGCAAAAGAAUAGUGAUGAGAGAGCCAAGAAUAGAGUUGCCGGUGUUAUUAAUUUGGGUGGUGGCUUAACUAUUACUCAAGCUGAAUUGAAUCAAUUGGCUGCAACUUAUGUUCAACCAGUUAUUGAUGAUAUUGAACAAAAAGCUGACUCAAAGAGGGAAAUUGAAUUGUCUAAGAAGCAAAGAAAGGCAGAAUUGAAAGCGGCUCAUGAAAGAGCUAAGCAAGAACAACAAGCAGCUAAAGCUAAAGAAAAGCAAGAUAUUGAAAGAGCCAAACAAGAGAGAAUUGCCGCUAAUGAAAAAUCAAAGAAAGCUGAGGAUGAGAAAUUGAAGGAACACGAAAAGACAAGGAAUUCUGAAGUUGAUGCUAAGCAACUCGAGUAUGAAGAGUUGGAAAAGAAGCAUGCUGAAGAGAAAGAACAACUUCUUGCCGAAAAGAAGGAGAAGCAAGAUGAAAUUGAUGCAGAAGAAACUGCCAAGAAGGAAGAGAGACAACAGGAAUUGGAUGAUUUACAAGCUGAAAAGGAUGAAAUUGUGCAACCGGUUUUGGAUGAAUUGGAAGUGGAAAAUUCUAAGUUGAAAGAAAUCACCGAUGAAAGAGAUGCAUUGGCUGAAGAAGUUGAUGGUAUUGAACAAGAAAAGAAUCAACGUGAACAACAAGUUGAAGAAUUGAAUAAUGAACUUGAAGAAACCCAGCUUGCAAUUGACAAAUUGGUCGAAGAAUUGCGUCAAGCAUCUGAAAAACAUGAAACUACAGAUAAGGAAUUAGCUGAUCUCAAGAGUAAGGAAGCACAAGCUAAAGAUGAACAUGCCAACGAAACUUCAAGAUUAGAUGGAGAAAUUGCUGACUUACAAAAGGAGAAGGAAGCCAAGACUGAAGAAAAAGCCAACAAGAAGCAAGAAAUUUUGAGUGCCAUUGACGAAAAAGUCAAGUUUGAAAAGAAAUUCAAUGAAGAAUUACCACCCCAUUUGAAACGUGAUAUCGACGAGGAUAAACUUAGAGAUACUGGAUCGUUAUUUGCUGAAGAUGAAAAGCCAAAAGUAAAAGAGUCAAAGCCAGUAGUGUCUGAAGCUAAAGAGUCUAAACCGGUUGCGUCUGAGGUCAAAGAGUCCAAACCUGUUGCAACUGAAGUAAAGGAUGAUAGCAAACCUGCAAACACAACAAAGUCAUCUACUGGUGGUGGUAAAGUUGCUGAUGGCGAAAUCAAGUCAGUUCCAUUGAUUGCCGUUGCUGAAAAACAUGAUACUCCUAAAGCUACUACUGAAGCGGAGAAGCCAAAGAAGAAGGAAGCUGAAAAAGCAACUGAAAAGAAGGAAUCUUCAACCACCGCUAGUAAGGCUGGUGCGUCGAGUUCCACAAAGCCAACAGUAAAGAAACCAGCUGCUGCUUCCACAACCACUUCUACAACUGCUUCAAGUCCAACAAAGAAGGAGAAAAGCUCGUUUUCAAGGAGGUUGAGUAAUUUUUUCAAAGACCAAUCUAAAGCACCCGCACCCGCUAAAUCUACUCCAGCUAAACCCGCUACGACCAAAUCUACUCCAGCCAAGACUACUCCAGCUAAAUCUACUCCUGCAAGAGCGGCCACUACAUCCAAAGAUGAAUCCAAGCCCAAAACCAAAACCACUGAAUCAAAAGCUGCUUCUAGUGCUGCUGCCCCUACUGCUGCUGAUGCAACCAAGACAACAGCAACAACAACAACAACCACGAAGCAACCAGCAGCUAAAGACGCAGAAAAGGAAGCCAAGUCAUUGGACCCCAAAAAGCCAAAUUCAACCACCACUAGUAAUCCAAAGCGUGCCAACACUUCUGAAACCAAGGAUUCUGAAGAUGGUGAUUUUGGUGAUUACGAUGAUGUUGAUGAUGAGCUUUCCUUGAAUAACAAGAAACAGAAUGAAGGUGGCUUGUUUAAGGAAGAUGUAUUGUAA